CUCGAGGAGUCCCGGACAGGAGAAAUGUCCGUACAUCUGUUCGUCGGCAAUUCAGCUCGAACACUUCAAACAUUUCAAACAUUCACCCAGUCACAGUGCAGAUGUUAUUUAGUCCGAUGUAAACGCGACCUAAUCUACUGCAGUGAGCGGUGUCAGUGAAAGCGGCUGUGUCAGCACAGAACACACGCGUCGCGUCUUGCCGCAGGUCGCGGGCAGAGUCAAGUUUUGAUGGACCGCAUGAAGAUAAUUAAAAAGCGCCUGUCCAUGAGCUUGCAAAGUGUACGGCGUCUGGACGAGAGUCUAUCAGAGCUUCCUGAACAUACUGGACUGGAUGAGCCUCCCUUGUCACGAGAAAGUGGUGUAGUCCAUCGUAAAAUAGGGUCCGAUGGAGAAAGUGAUCAAGCUUCAGGAACCUCUUCUGAUGAAGUUCAGAGUCCUGUUAGAGUGCGAAUGCGCAACCUUCAGCAGCGCAUCUCUAAUGAGGACAUCAAUAAACGUCUCUCACUGCCAGCAGAUAUUCGUUUGCCAGAAGGUUACCUGAAGAAGUUUUCAACAAACAGCCCCCCAUUUGACAAACCGCUAAGUCGAAGACUUCGCAGAGCGUCACUUUCAGAAAUCGGAUUUGGCAAAUUAGAGACAUAUGUCAAACUGGAGAAACUGGGAGAGGGCACAUAUGCAACAGUGUUUAAGGGUCGUAGUAAACUAACGGAUAAUCUAGUGGCUCUGAAAGAAAUCAGGCUGGAGUAUGAAGAAGGCGCACCUUGCACCGCCAUACGAGAAGUGUCACUUCUGAAGAACUUGAAACAUGCCAACAUUGUCACCCUCCACGACAUCAUUCACACAGAGAAGUGCCUUACGUUAGUCUUCGAGUACUUGGAGAGGGACCUCAAACAGUAUUUGGAUGACUGUGGGAGCAUAAUGAGUGUUUAUAAUGUGAAGAUUUUCCUGUUUCAGCUAUUGCGAGGUCUAGCGUAUUGCCAUCGGCAGAAAGUUUUGCACAGAGAUCUAAAACCUCAGAACCUUCUCAUCAAUGACAGGGGAGAGCUCAAACUUGCUGACUUCGGUCUUGCACGUGCCAAGUCAGUGCCCACAAAGACCUUCUCUAAUGAAGUAGUCACUCUCUGGUACAGACCUCCCGAUGUGCUGCUGGGAUCAACAGAGUACACCACCUCUAUUGACAUCUGGGGUGUAGGUUGUAUAUUCUACGAAAUGAUCACAGGACGCCCCCUCUUCCCUGGGUCAACAGUGGAGGAUGAACUUCAUCUUAUAUUUCGUAUACUGGGUACUCCUACUGAGGAGUCAUGGCCAGGAAUCAACACCAAUGACAACUUCCUUUCAUACAACUUCCCCCAUUAUGAUGGGGAACCUCUGAUUACUCAUGCACCCAGGAUCGCCAAUGACGGUCAUGAUCUACUAUGCCAGUUAUUACAGUUUGAAGCACGGCGGCGGAUUUCAGCAGAAGUGGCUCUUCGGCACAUUUAUUUCAGAGAUCUGGGAGAAAAAGUGCAGGACCUGGCUGACACUGCCCCCAUCUUCUCUGUCAAGGAGAUUCGACUUCAGAAGGACCCAGGAAAACACUUUCCAGCUCAAAGAGAGUUGGCGAUGGUCCAUCGAAUGGGAUCUGCCCCACCUGAACAUUUUCUCCCUGAAGGAAUAAAUCGUGUUCUACAUGCUGCCCCCCUCUCUUCAUAAAUUUGCUUAUAUAGUAACCACUUUCCUUACUUUCCUUUGUACUUCUGUAACAUAUUUUGUUUUCUUUGUUUACAAGGUUUUCUGCAAGUAUCUUUUAUAGUUGUUUUAUUUUUAUUUAUUCACAUAUUUUCUUUGCUAUAUGUAAAUAUCUGUAUGAAAUACAACAGAGUAGGGAAAAUAUGCAUACUGAUAGGCAUCAAGCACCAAAGAUGUGUAAUGCCCCAAAAGCGUUGUUAGUUAUCUUUUCUUCUGUCAUGGAAAUAUGUGGCAGCCCAAAUAACCAUAGGGUAAAUUUAGAAUUUGCCACUUAACCUAUCUAGUUUUUUGCCUUUUUCCCCCACUUUACAAUGGGGCCAAGCCAAAUUCAAUGUACUUUCAGUGUCAGCCAUGUUGGAAUGUUCAUCAUCUUGGAUUUUAGUUAAAAGUUUAGCCAAAUUUUAGCUGCUUUUUUCUUCUUCAAAGUUGACCAUUUUUGAGUUCCACAUCUUACCACUGUAUAGCCUGUACAAAACCAAAUAGAUUUUUAUAAUUCAGCACUUCAGCAUCCACGUGACAGUAUUUGAUGGUGAAUAUGCCAAACAUGGAAGCAUGCCAUGAGGACAAAACAAGGUGUCCCCUAGUGGUCCUUCACUACUGCUCCUACACAGGGAUGUUUCUCAAAUGGAAGUCUGCAUCCUAGUAAGGCUGCCACAUCAAGCACUCCCAAAGGCCAUCUCAAUUUGAAGCAUCCUUUGUUUUAUGUCCUUCAUUAAGCAUGCGUUGAAGGCACUGAACUUGUCCAGUUUCAUUAUGUAAUGCAGGACAAAACGAUAUUGAAGAUGGAGGCAUUAUGGUUUAUAAAUUAACUGCCCAUGACAUAAACCAAUGGGAGACAACAGGGAGACUAUACUGCAUUCGUAGAAAGUCAGUUAAUACAAAGACAUGUAAAGUACAUUUAAAGUAUUAAAGUUAUGACGCACAUGUGGACUUUCUAGACCGUCUCAUUUUAGCCUUGAGUGGACUCUAAGAAGGAUGUAGCCGUCUGUUUGAGAAGCACCCCACAUUUAUUUCUUCACGCCAUAACUCCCAACGAUUUCUAACAAUACCAAUAUUUUUAGAGGCAUCCAUAGGGUCAAAUCCGAAAUAAGCCAGUAGUUGUUUGCCAUUAUAACCAUUUUGUUUCAUGUUAUGCAAUAAUACUUAUGUUCGGUUCUUUUUGACUGACUUGAUCACUCUCUUCAGCUCAGGGGAAGACUUAUCAACAAAGUGUUUUGUUUUAACUCAGAUUGGGGUGGUACGUGAUGAUGUCACACUAGUGCACAACUACUGCUGAGAUGAAUAUAGCCAGGAACUUGACAUUUGACUUGACACUUGACAAAGAGCAUGCAAUCGACAAUGAAGAGAAAAAUUCAAAUAAAGAAUACCUUUCAGUAGAGACUAACCAUAUGGACAUACCUGAAGUGUGGUGUUCAUUUGUACAUGUAAAUAUGCUUAGGAUUGGUUUCACUAAUACACAAUCAUGUGUGCACAUAUGCAUACUGUGGUAUGAAGCAUUGUAAUUCAGUUUUAAACUCAAUCAUAA